AUGGAUAGUCCUCCCAACAAGUCUUCCCCAUGGCCUCCUACCGGUUGGACGUGCCCUAAACACCUCCCUAGGGAUGCGUUCGGGUGGCAUCCUGACCAGAUGCCGGAACCACCUCAUCUGGCUCCUCUCCAUGGAAAAUGUUUUUUGGGAUGAAUAAAAAAAAUGUAGAUAAAGUAAAGAAAAUGCAUGAAAAAUGUGCUUACAAUGUUAAGCAAUGAUAACUUAUCGGGUGGAGUAAAAUAAAUAUUGAGAAAAGCACUAAUAAAACAAGGUAAAUGUAAUCAGCAUAUUUGAUAUUACGUGUGCCUGAAAGCCAUCGUUUCCUCUUUUAUGAUCGCACAGCAGGUGUGUGUUUCUCAUCCGCGUGUGACGUUUUGGGCAGAUUUAUGGCCAACUGGGCUUAUAAAAACCAUCCACUUGGGCCCAGGGACCAGGUUUGGAACUCGAGUCGCAACAAUGUGGACGCUCUUGCUUCUUUGUGUCCUCGCCGUUGUCUCGCCUGGUGCGCAAGGUGAUGAUGCUGCAGUACGGAGAACUUCAGCUCAGCCCUCGUGUCGCUACAACUGCGGCAGGCACAUGGGAAGCUGCUCCUGCUACAGCUCUUGCGUGAUCUAUGGCGAAUGUUGCCGUGACUACCACAAUUACUGCCCAAGCACGACUGAGCCACCACGCAGCACCACAGGUAAGGCACCAUGCACCAUUCUUCCAGUAAAUAGUCACCAAUUAGCUGACAUUCUUUCAGUAAAUAGUCACCAAUUAGCUGACAUUCUUCCAGCUCAGCCCUCGUGUCGCUACAACUGCGGCGGACACAUGGGAAGCUGCUCCUGCUCCAGCUCUUGCCAGUACUAUGGCAACUGUUGCCGUGACUACUACUCACAGUGCUCUGACACUACUGAGGUGCCGACCACGGCCCAGCUGUGUGGAGGCUCCAUGUUUGGAUCUGGUAUCUUCUCCAGUCCCAAUCACCCUGGGUACUACCAAAACAAUGCCUACUGCGUGUGGACUAUCAGAUCCUCGCAGAGCCAGAGAGUCCUGCUGACGUUCCCUUACCUGCAACUGGAGAGCUGCUGUCACUGCGACUACAUUUCAGUCUACGACGGUCCGUCCGUCAACUCCCCGUAUUUGGGAAAAGCGUGCGAGAACGCCUCCAGUGUCUUCUACUCCACCUCUAGCCACAUGACUGUGGUAUUUCGGAGCGACGGCUCGGGGAGCGGGAGAGGAUUCAGGGCGGAGUUCAACAGCGCUCUGCCGCAGAACUCGGGUAAAGUGAACUGUUCUUCGAACGACAUGACCAUCGUGAUCGGCAGGAAAUACCUGAACUCUUUGGGUUACGACGGCCACAGCCUCUACCUCAACAACCAAAACUGCAGACCCACUGUUUAUGCAAACGAAGUGGUCUUCAGUUUCGGUGUCAACAGUUGUGGUACCGGUCGAAAGUUUGAGAACGGCAGAGUGGUGUACACCAACGCCGUCCGCGCCUACACGUCCAGCUUCGGUGACAUCACUCGCAUGGCCAACUUAAAAAUCAACGUGGUCUGUCGGAUGGAUCAAGACUCGGUGGCGCAGUUUAUGUACCUGGGACAGAACCACGACAACGCCACUAUCACAGGGACGGGCAAGUUCAACACUUCUGUGGAUUUCUACACACACAGCAACUUCUACUAUAAGGUGACAGAAUUCCCAUACAAAGUGUCUCUCAACCAAGAUCUGUACGUCCAGGUGGACCUAGGGGGAGGGGACAGCUCCCUGGUCAUUUUCCUGGACACCUGUGUGGCCUCACCAUCACCUUAUGACUUCCAAAGUACAACCUACAGCCUGCUCCGUAAUGGGUGUCCUGUCGACAACACCUAUCAGUCCUACGCCAGUGGCUCCGCCCGCUACGCUCGCUUCUCAUUCAAGGCCUUCCAGUUCCUGCGAAGCGCCGAGAAGGUCUACCUCCAGUGCAAGGUCCUGAUUUGUCAAAACAACGACUGGAACUCUCGCUGCCGCCGGGGCUGCCUCAAACGCAAGGCCAGGGACGUCGGCGCCGAACACGAGAGCCAGACUCGGGUCCUGGGUCCCAUCCAGCUCGUAGAGCCCGGCGAAAAGGAAGAGGAGGCUGCAGAAGAGGAUCAAGUUUAAUUUGAUCAGUUCAACUCAUUCUAAUUAUAAACAUUUGUUUAAUAAACAUACUCACCCUUUGUAUACUUUACAAUACCUGAUUAAAAGCUGCUUCAAAGACAACCCCAGUAUUU